CGCCGGAAACAGUUUCAUGUUUCUCUUCGGGUUUAUUUAUCGUGAGCGGCUUGCCAAGAGGAUAGCUGUUUUCAAGCGGUUUGUCCUUUUGUUUGACAUCAGACUGUCUUCCAACAUAUACCGUUUUGAUAUGGAGCCUGCUUGUCGUAAAGAUAAACCAAAGCUGAACACCACUCCCACACGAGGAGACAGAGCCAGACAGAAAUCUGCUCAACAGGAGCUCAAACAGCGCCAGAGGGCUGAGAUUUAUGCCUUGAAUAAAGUGAUGACAGAGCUGGAGCAGCAGCAGUUUGAGGCAUUUUGUAAACAAAUGCAGUCCCAGGGAGAGUGAAAGUACAUUUUACCUUAAUGAAGACACAGAAAACACCACUUAUGCCGGCUGUGGGGUGACCUAGCCUACUGAACUGAAAAUGGUCCAUGCCAGACCAUUGUGAUGUCACCUUAAAUGAAAAUUGCACUGGAGUUUUUUUAUGUUUUAAGAUUUUUCUUAAAAGAUGAUCUGUCCAUCUAUCUUUCCAAGUGUGAAAGUGAUGCAGCAGGAUUGAUUUAAAAGACUUUACUUUCAUACUGCUAUUUAACAAUAACAAAAUAUAUGAGUCUAAUAUUUGGUGAAACCAUUGCAGGUGAAAGCUGCUGCAGUUGAGACAUGUAAUAACAAGACUGUAUUUGUCUUCUGACUGAAAGGUGAUUUAAAUAAAGUCACUUAUAUUAUUAUAUAUUACAUAA